AUGAGAGGCGGCUCUUUUCUCCUCGGCUUCCUGCUCCUCAAAGUUACCGCUCUGGUGUGCAAGGCUGACGGGGAGCCGGGCUUGCUCGGAGGCUUCGUGAUGAUCGCCACCUCCAAUGGCUCCAGGGAGGAGGAGAGCGUGUCCGAGGAGCCCCCGCACACCGAGGACAAAUGCAGGGGCUAUUACGACGUGAUGGGCCAGUGGGACCCUCCGUUUAUUUGCAAAACGGGCGAUUAUUUAUACUGCUGCGGCACCUGUGGAUUCCGCUUCUGCUGCUCCUUCAAAGUCUCUCGACUGGAUCAGAGCACCUGUAAGAACUACGAUACCCCACUGUGGAUGAAGAACCAAACUUCGGAUAAGAAAACGAACAAGCUGCACGACAGCACCAAAGACAAGACGAACUUGAUUGUUUACAUCAUAUGCGGAGUUGUGGCUAUCAUGGCGCUUGUGGGGAUUUUCACCAAAUUGGGGCUUGAAAAAGCUCACCGUCCGCAGAGAGAGAAUAUGUACCGGGUGGUGGCCAAUGUAUUGCAAGGCGGAUGUCCAGGUGAGCAGUACCGAGGAGAGGAGGCCCUCGGCUUGCAUUCCAAGCACUAUGCCUCCGGGGCUGCCAACCUUCAGGGUGCUCAGAUUAACAACAACGUUGGAGCCGGGUCAAACAUGGUCCAACAGCACCCGUAUCCUAGCUUCAGCCAGUUGGCUCAUGUGUAUGAACAUCAGCAGCAGCAACAGCAGCAACAGCAACAACAACAGGAACAACAACAGCAGCAACAACAACAACAGCAGCAGCAGCAACAACAGCAACAGCAGCUUCAACAGUUGCAGCAGCAAAACAAGGACUUCAACAAAUAUGCCUCCCUGAAGGCUGUGGCUGCCAAAUACAACGGUGAUGUGUUCAAUAAGCGCAGGAUGAUGGUGGAGCUCCCAACAAAAGGCGGUCUUCCGCUCCAACCCAUGGGCAACUCCCGACCCCCCAUGACCAACUUGUCAGCGAUGACCACCAACCCGAUCGCUUCGAACCCCAUGGCUUCCCACUCCAUGAACCACAUGACCUCCAAGACCCCGAUGACGUCAAUGACACCCAUGACCUCCCUUGCCCCAAUGACUUCUAUGACUCCGAUGACCUCAUUGGGACCGCUGACCCCAGAACCGGUGGCAACAUAUGUUACAGAGAUGUCCAGAAUCCCCUCCGUGUCAACCCUCCCGACAGACCGACGCGGCGCCGGAGUAACGUCGUUAAAGCCCAACGGCCAGAAAUCCAAAAGCAACCACAGCCACGUCACCCACGGCUCCCACAGUGCCCUCACUCACCUUCACAGCCACAGUAGCAAGCCCACAGGACUGGGGACGACCUCCUUGGCACACAUGGGGGGUACUAUGCCCGGGGGCACAUCCCUAGGAAUAUCCAGGGUUCCCGAGACCCCCGUGGGCUCCAGCUUAGCAACAAUGGGUCGACCGUUGGCGUACAGUUCUAAUACCACAGGACUGGGGACGACCUCCUUGGCACACAUGGGGGGUACUAUGCCCGGGGGCACAUCCCUAGGAAUAUCCAGGGUUCCCGAGACCCCCGUGGGCUCCAGCUUUGCAACAAUGGGUCGACCGCUGGCGUACAGUUCUAAUACCAUCUCGUCCGGGCAUACGAUGGGUUUAAGGGGCUGGGAUGGGACAGAGACGGUGGGCCGGAGGAAGAACUACGGCCACAAGAGGCCUCAGUGUACGGUGCUGGAACCAAACCAGCUCCAUGGCAGCAGAGGCCACAGCCACAGCCAACACUUCCUCCCCACACAGCCCUACUUUGUGACCAACAGCAAGACAGAGGUGACUGUGUGAGCCACGAUAUGAAGGCAAACUGUAAAGUAUGCAUGUGAAAUGGUGACAAGUAAUUUCCCAACGGAGACACCGACACCAGAGUUGGCCAAACGGCGCAGGUCUGUUUGUUUGUGCGAUGAAGCUAAAGCUUGUUGGUACUGGUCAAAGAUUCCUCCACAUUUGUGAUGUGUGUGUGGCCUGCUCGGUCACUUUUUACAUAUCGCCGAGAGCACUGCUCAAGGUUUAAGUUGGUAACUAUCUUUCAAGUUGUAUCUUACAAAGGAAAAGGAAACCUGCCGAUACAGAUACGAAAGGGAAGCAAGCCCGAGAAGCAAUACAAGGGAUCCGACUUUGAAAGCAUUGCCGAGUCACACCGAGUAUCACAGCGUCUGUUAAACAAGCAUGGUUGAACUCAACCACAUUCCACCAGAAUCUCUUAAUGGGUUCAGAACCGACGUACGACAAGGGCUCUGGGCUUUGAACUGCAUUCAUAAGCAGGUUUUAUAUCGAGGCCAGUCAGAAGCCUCUUCAUAAGCUUCACUACUGAAGGUCACCCUUCUCAAUCAAAGCUCCAGCACAGAUAAUAUUGGGCUGAGGAGUCGGAUUGUUCCUGCUCAGCUCUCAUCUGCAUGCUGACAGCUGGCCCAGAGGUGGGG